AUGCCUCUCAAGAACAGGAGGCCGGACUUCCCUGUGCUCAUUUUACCGUCGGAAGUAUUUGACGAGAACGACGAUAGUAUGAGAAGCGUCCGUACUCCAGCGCCAUUCACCCCCAUCGCGUUUGAAGAGGGUGGCCUCCCAAUAACUCCCGAUGAAGGCGUGUACGAUAUACCAACAGGCGACACCACCGGUGAUAACGAGAGAACAUCUGAAGGGAUUUCUGAGAUGGGAAAGGAAUGGACAGAGGAUGAGGAUGGGAUCUUGCAAGGAUAUCUGGCCCAUCCCCCUCAACCUCUCGGCUUGAAAUACCCUCCUACAGUACUUUUACCUUCGGCUGUACUUGACGUGAUAACCUCUCAGAUAGUCGCCAUCCAUUCCCGAAUCGACUCCUCGCCUUGGAAGCAUUCUUGGAAUGCCACUCGCCAGCGGCUGUUUGCGAUUGCGAGGAGAGAAAGUUUGCAGGCAGUCGGUGGCCACCGGCGGCUGAAAUCAGAUUCAAUCAUACCCCAAUCACGAGGGGUGGACGACGGGAUCACCUCGUGGGGAUCAUUGGAGAUGAACAGACGCCAAAACCACAGUAUGGACAGUCUCUUGGGAGACGAUGCUCCGAGGGAAAUAUCGGAGGCUCUGAGGUUGUCCCAUUGUUUGCAGGCGACUGCCACGACGGGCGGGGAUACAACGAUGCUAGCAUCGGACGGAGCACUGUCGUCUCCCAUCAUAGGUGUCUGCCCUCCCCUACUUGGUGGAAAGCCGUCUUCGUUAUCGAGCAAUGACGCCUCCGGGUUAUUGAAGCGCCCAACGUCGCUUCUUCAACGUGGGCGUUCUUUUACUCUCGCCGACAUCGCUCGCGAACAGGCUAUGGCUUCCAUCGACUUUGAUGAUGAUGCCACAUCGACAUUCUCACGGGUAUCCUCUCGUCCAGACCUGCAUCGGUCUGUGACUAGUCCAGCUUCAGUUCCUUACUCUUCGCCGCCGUCAUCCGUGUCGAGCAAGUCUGACUGCGACGUCCCAUGGGUAUAUCUUCCGCCGGCCAAGGCCGAGUCGCCUCUAGGGUUCGAAUGUAAUACGCCAACACAAUCCAUUACUGUACCCGUAGGCGAAGCAUCUUCGUUUACCUCUCCCACGCGCGAGUUUGCCUGCCUGUCGCUCUUCUCCACGGACUCUGUUCCCAUUUCAGCAAACAUGGAAGCUUCUUCGUCUUCCCCUUCCCUGAAGCGCGCUUUCCAGGUUCGCCCUUACCCUCUUCAGCGAUCAUCCUCCGAUGGCAAGCUUUCUUCAGAUAUGACCGGAUUCGCCUCGCUUUCUUCUCCUCGGGAGAACAAGCGAAUGAGAGCGGAUCUUCCAAGUACGACGGCGGCGAGUGUGGCGAACGGCGGGUUCGAGGCGAAGACGGCCGGAGCCGGUCCGCGGGAACGGGCAGGGCUGGGAGAGACUUUGAGCCUUGGUUUGGCCAAAGACAAAGUUGGUCUGGGGGCGCCUUUGCGAGGGCUGGAACCGCCAUUGUUCUCGGCAGGUCCUGAGAAGUAG